ACUUGGCUAGCUAGAUCUUUCAAUUUUGAAUGUUUGAAAAUAACAAAGGUGCGCGUGCCCAUGUGAUGAUGUGUGCAUUGAACAUGCGAGGGAGGAAUGCAAAUUCAAACUCCUCUGCAAAUUCAAACUAUAAUUCUCUCUCUUUCCCUCUUCCUUCUCGCACCCACCCUCUCACUAGAUCCAAUUCCCCACAAACAAACCCUAACGCUCCAAAACCAAAAACCCUCGCAUUUAAAUUUCAUCUUCCGACAUUCAAAACAUUAACCUUUGACUCAAACGCAUGAGCGAGGAUUGCAAUUCUGGAGCCGCGUCGCUGUUGUUGCCCUCCCCUUCGAAUUCCAAGAUUGUUGGAGAGAAGCGUGGAAGCACUCACAGGGGUCACAGCGCUCGGAAACGGGUCAAGAUGAAAGAUCUUGACGCCGUUGUUCACUCCGUGGAAACGAAUAGCCGUUAUUCGGAGUUUAAAAACGACAAAGAAAACACCGUGCAAUGGUCGUUGGGUGCUACGGAUGCUUCUCAACAAGUGACAACGGGAAGGAAUGCGAUGCCGGAAGAGUUUAAUUUUGUGGCUCGGCCUCUGAUUCUCAACACUGAAGCGUGCAAAGGUGGAGGGUGUGUUGUGAAUUUCGCCAAAGAUUCGUUGUCUGAGAAGCAAGAAAAAGGGCAUGGUAAUUUAGUAGUCUCAAGGGGAAUUAAUGUGGAUCUGAAUGCAGAAGAUGCUACCGGCUCUGUGAAUCUGGAACCUGCAAAUUCCUCCAAAGGGUGCAAUCCUUUUAAGUCAAAGGAUGUGUCCGAGAGUGGGAGCUGUGUUGGACCUUUGGAACAGAAAGAUCCAAUGACGAAAUGGAAACAGAUGAAAGAAUAUGGUUUUUGGUCGCCCUCUCAUGCUGGCAUUCCAAAGCCGAAACAUCAUGGGAGGAAAAGUAAGAAUGAAAUGCUCAAGAAAAAGAUGGAGCUUGCAAAGAGGGAACAGGUUAACCGGUUUACCAAGAUUGCUGCUCCAAGUGGACUGUUGAAUGACUUGAACCCUGGAAUUAUAAAUCAUGUGAGGAAUAGAAAACAAGUGCUUUCAAUUAUUGAGAAUCUUGUAAGGUCUGAAAAACAUGAAAGCACUAGUGUGGGGAGUAAGCACGCAGCACAUUGUAUACAAGGAAAUGUAGAAGUUAGUAAGAGGGAUCAAGAAAAUGUGGCUGAUGUAAGUGAGCAUCAGCAUGACUUUGCUUGUGAGGAAGGAGCCCUUCAUAGCACUUCAGGGAGCAGACAAGCUAGAAAGUUUCCUGUGACAACAAAUGAUUCUUCUUCCUUGAUUUUGGAGGGUAGAGUUUGUGAUUGUGACAUAGGCAGUUUAGAUAAAGGUAGUCUUAAAAGUUGUAUGACACAGUCAACGAAUGUUGUGGAGGAUGAUGCUUUAGCUCUGAAAUUGUCAUCUGAAAUGAGGGCAUCAAUGAGUUCCACCGGUUUGUCAAAUGAGGAAUCCUCAAAUGUCACAAUGGUUUCAUCCCUUUCCCUAAAAGCUGCUACUGUUGCUUCUCAAUGGUUGGAGCUUCUGCAACAUGACAUCAAAGGACGCCUUUCAGCUUUACGUCGUAGUAGAAGGAAAGUUCAAUCUGUAAUCACUACUGAGUUGCCAUUUCUUUUAUCAAAGGAAUUUGGAAAUAACCAAGAUUAUGAUCCUUGCACUAUGAAAAUGUCUGCGGGACUUCCCACUGGCAAAAUAGCAGAUAUGCAUCGGGCAAGAUGGACUUCUUUGUUUGAUCAUAUGGAUGAAGCUCUUUCUGAAGAGGAAAAGAAACUUGAAUGUUGGUUGAAUCAAGUAAAAGAAAAGCAACUGCUAUGUGACCAGGGCAUACAACAUGUAAACUGGAGCUCGGUUUUUGGUUUACAACAGCUGGGGAAUUCAGAAAACAACUCCAGAGCACCGGCAUUUGAUAGCUCGGAGAAAGAUUUAGCGGUGAAUGCAGCUGCUGCUUCCAUAUACUCAACAUGUAAUUUUCUAUUGUCAAAGAGCUAACCUGUAUUUGACGUAGAGUUCAUGCAUUCAUGUCAGAAUCUUUUAUUUUUUCAUCCUAAAUGAAAUGACUAGUAAUUGUCAUGGGCACGUGGAACACCUAACGUCGUGUAUGUGAUUGUUAUGGUUGUAACAUUAGUUGUUGAAUAUAAUUUAUUUUUUACUUUUU